AUGCAGAAAAACGUGCAGGAACAGCUACACAACCAACAACAGCAAGUAGACCAACUCCAACGAAUGUUAGCCGCCCAGAGGCAGCAGCUACGACAGUACCAGCUGCUGGAGCAACGGGUACAGCGGCUGCAGCAAGAACUGCAGCAUCUGCAGCAGCAGCAACAGCUGAACGAAGUGCAGUCGGAGCUGCAGGAGCUGCAGCAGCGGCAUGAGUUGCACACUCUGCAGCGGGAGGUGCAGGAGCUGCGGCGACAGGUGCAGCAGCGAUCGCAGCAGCAGGGGCAGACGGAGCAGCAACAGCAGCAGGAGGAUAUGCAAGUGGAGCAACAAGGAGCCGGCAUGCAGCAGGGAGGGGAAGAGGAGGAGGAGGAGGAUCAGAUGGAAGGGGUGGAGCCGCCGCAGCAACAGCAGCAGCAGAUGGCGGGGCCUACAGCUUCUUCUCCAGCAGCAAGUUCACCAGCAACAGAGGGAACAACACUUUCAUCGUCUACAGAAGACGAAGCAGGAGGAGCAGCACCAACCGAGAGGCCGGGUGCACUUGUUGCUGCUCUGCUGACUCCAAGACGACCAACAGCACAACCAACAGCAGCAGGAGGAGCAGCAGCAGGAGCAGCAGCGGAAGCAGGAGGAGCAGCACCAACCGAGAGGCCGGGUGCACUUGUUGCUGCACUGCUGACUCCAAGACGACCAACAGCACAACCAACAGCAGCAGGAGGAGCAGCAGCAGGAGCAGCAGCAGCAGGAAAAGCAGCCCCAGGAGCAGCACCAGAAAAAGCAACAGGAGCAGCAGCAAGAGCAGCAGCAGAAGCAGCAGCAGCAGCAGCAACAGCAGCACUAGCAGCAGCAGCAGAAGAAGCAGCAAAACAAGCAGCAGAAGAAGAAGCAGCAGCACUAGAAAUCGGCCCGGAUGCAGUGUCGCGGAUGCACCCCUUCUAUAGGUUACCCCGCAUCGUUCCCGGGCCUAUGACCCCGCUAACUAUAACGAGAGAUGCACCGAUGAUAAUGUUUGGUGCGCGGUGGGCUGCGCCGCUGCUAGUGCAGGCUCAGCAGACGCUGUGGCAUCCUUUACUAUCACUCGAUAUGCUGGAGCAGUUGAAGUUCACAACAGAAAAAUUAGUUAUGCAUUUAUUAAAUUUCCAAACUGAACCCGUAGUAAAGAUGAAUGCUUCAUCUGCAAUGGCUCGCAUCGGCGUCCGCUUCCUCGCCUUUGAUCUCAUCGUCAGUGUUCUGCAUCUGCUGCGGCAGCCACCAACAGAUGACUGGUUCAGGGAGCUGGUUGACACGGUGCCGCAUGAGUGGUCGUCACAGGGUGAUCGCAGUAAUGUUAUUCAGUACCAACUCGAAGAGGCGAGAAGGGGAGCUGUCUUCAUAGAGCAGGAACAACCGAGUGGGAGCCAGCUGCAAGAGAGGGAGCAACAGCAGGAGCAGCAGCGGGAACAGCAGCAGGAAGAGCAGCAGCGGGAAAAGCUGCAGCAGGAGGAGCAGAAGCAGAAAAAUAGACAGCAGGAAGAGCUGCAGCGGCAGGCGGACAAGCAGGAGGAAAAGAAGCAACAGGACGAAGACAAGGAGAAGAAAGAGAAGCAGCAGAAAAAGGAUGCACGGACGAAGCAAGAAAAGGCUGCAAAAGCAGCUGAUGAUGAUGCAGGAACUGCAGCAGGAGCAACAACAACAGCAGGUAAGCGGGGGAAAACAGCAGCACAACCGGCAGCAGCAGCAGUGGAAACGGCAACAACCAAGGCGAAGGGGGGGCCGGAGCAACAGCAUCUGCGGCAGAGGGAAGCAGCAGCAACGGCUGCAGGAGAAAGCUAA